GCUGCGGCCCGGGGCCGGGUGGUGAAUGGGCUGGUGGUGCUCGCUGCUGCUGCUGAGAGGAGGAGGAGGAGGAUGAAGAGUUGGGCUUGUUUGUCUCCCACAGUUUCUCUCCUGCUGCUCUGAUUCCCCCCUCCCUAUUCCGGCCCGGGGCCUGUGUGUGUCUCUCCAGGAGGAGGAGGAGGAUCCAGUUCCUCCCCCCACCCCCCUCCUCCCCACCCCCCCCUUGCCUGGGGAAGAGGAGGAAAGAAACAGCCCAGAGAGAGAGAGAGGGAGAGAGAGGAGAGUGAGUGAGUGAGAGAGGGAGAGGAGAGGAGGAGGAGGAGGAGGGAGAAGGGAACAACCUACCAUCUUAAUACACUAAUAUCUAAAAAGUGCGAGAGGCCCAGAGCAGCAGCAGAAGCAGCAGCAGCAGCUCCAGCUUCUUCCCUCCCUCCCCAUGAAGAAGAGUUCCCUCCUCCUCCUCCUCCUGCUUCUCCUGCUCAGAGUUCCUGCCUCCAGCUGCCAGGGGGGACAGCCAGCCAGCAGCAGGAGGGGGACUAGACAGCUGAAGAAGAGCCAGUUUCCCCCAAAUUGGACUUCUCAGAACCUUUAAUAUGCUAAUGUGCAUUGUGAAUCUCCAAGAGGGGGAUAUGAUAUGCAGCAUUCUUGAAUACUUCUAAUGACAGGGAGCCCACUACCUCAUAAGCUGCAGUGAGAAGAGGAGUUUGUUAUUUUAAACAGAGGCUGAAGAAACUAUAGAAUUAGCAGACAGAGAAAGUGGAGAAGGUAGAGGAUGGAGUUGCAGACUCUACAGGAGGCUCUUAAAGUGGAAAUUCAGGUUCACCAGAAACUGGUUGCUCAAAUGAAGCAGGAUCCACAGAAUGCUGACUUAAAGAAACAGCUUCAUGAACUCCAAGCCAAAAUCACAGCUUUGAGUGAGAAACAGAAAAGAGUAGUUGAACAGCUACGGAAGAACCUGAUAGUAAAGCAAGAACAACCAGACAAGUUCCAAAUACAGCCAUUGCCACAAUCUGAAAACAAACUACAAACAGCACAGCAGCAACCACUACAGCAACUACAGCAACAACAGCAGUACCACCACCACCACGCCCAGCAGUCGGCUGCACCCUCUCCCAACUUGACUGCUUCACAGAAGACUGUCACUACAGCUUCUAUGAUUACCACAAAGACACUACCUCUCGUCUUGAAAGCAGCAACUGCGACCAUGCCUGCCUCUGUUGUGGGCCAGAGACCUACCAUUGCUAUGGUGACCGCCAUCAACAGUCAGAAGGCUGUGCUCAGCACUGAUGUGCAGAACACACCAGUCAACCUCCAGACGUCUAGUAAGGUCACUGGGCCUGGGGCAGAGGCUGUCCAAAUUGUGGCAAAAAACACAGUCACUCUGCAGGUUCAAGCAACACCUCCUCAGCCCAUCAAAGUUCCACAGUUUAUCCCCCCUCCUAGACUCACUCCGCGUCCAAACUUUCUUCCACAGGUUCGACCCAAGCCUGUGGCCCAGAAUAACAUUCCUAUUGCCCCAGCACCUCCUCCCAUGCUUGCAGCUCCUCAGCUUAUCCAGAGGCCCGUCAUGCUGACCAAGUUCACCCCCACAACCCUUCCCACAUCCCAGAAUUCCAUCCACCCCGUCCGUGUCGUCAAUGGGCAGACUGCAACCAUAGCCAAAACGUUCCCCAUGGCCCAGCUCACCAGCAUUGUGAUAGCUACUCCAGGGACCAGACUCGCUGGACCUCAAACUGUACAGCUUAGCAAGCCAAGCCUUGAAAAACAGACAGUUAAAUCUCACACAGAAACAGAAGAGAAACAAACAGAGAGCCGUACCAUCACCCCACCUGCUGCACCUAAACCAAAACGGGAAGAGAACCCUCAGAAACUUGCCUUCAUGGUGUCUCUAGGGUUGGUAACACAUGACCAUCUAGAAGAAAUCCAAAGCAAGAGGCAAGAGCGAAAAAGAAGAACAACAGCAAAUCCAGUAUACAGUGGUGCAGUCUUUGAGCCAGAGCGUAAGAAGAGUGCAGUCACAUACCUAAACAGCACAAUGCAUCCGGGGACCCGGAAGAGAGGUCGUCCUCCAAAAUACAAUGCAGUGCUGGGGUUUGGAGCCCUUACCCCAACAUCCCCCCCAUCCAGUCAUCCUGACUCCCCUGAAAAUGAAAAGACAGAGACCACAUUCACUUUCCCUGCACCUGUUCAGCCUGUGUCCCUGCCCAGCCCCACCUCCACAGACGGUGAUAUCCAUGAGGAUUUUUGCAGCGUUUGCAGAAAAAGUGGCCAGUUGCUGAUGUGCGACACGUGUUCCCGUGUGUAUCAUCUGGACUGCUUAGACCCUCCUCUGAAGGCGAUUCCCAAGGGCAUGUGGAUCUGUCCCAGAUGUCAGGACCAGAUGUUGAAGAAGGAAGAAGCAAUUCCAUGGCCUGGAACUUUAGCAAUUGUUCAUUCCUAUAUUGCCUACAAAGCAGCAAAAGAAGAAGAGAAACAGAAGUUACUUAAAUGGAGUUCAGAUUUAAAACAAGAACGAGAACAACUAGAGCAAAAGGUGAAACAACUCAGCAAUUCUAUAAGUAAAUGCAUGGAAAUGAAGAACACCAUCCUGGCCCGGCAGAAAGAGAUGCACAGCUCCCUGGAGAAGGUAAAACAGCUGAUUCGCCUCAUCCACGGAAUCGACCUCUCCAAACCUGUAGACUCUGAGGCCACUGUGGGGGCCAUCUCCAAUGGCCCGGACUGCACCCCCCCUGCCAACGCCGCCACCUCCACACCGGCCCCUUCCCCCUCCUCCCAGAGCUGCACAGCGAACUGUAACCAGGGGGAAGAGACUAAAUAACAGAGCCCCUCUAGGAGAAGCCACGGGAUCCCGGCGGCAAGGAGAGCAAAACACUGAAGACUCUAGAAAAGCAAAGCCGGAUUUCUUCUGGAAAGUGCAGAAUUCUUUUGGUUCUUUGGUUCCAGAGAGAGAGAAGAUGCUUGUGCCAGGUGGCACCAGAGUUUGCCAAUUGAUCCUUCUUAUUCUGUGUGUACAUGCAAAGAUUGGACCAUGUUACAUGAAAUAGUGCCAGCUGGAGGUUCUUUGCCAGCACCAUGCCAAGUGAAAUAAUAUAUUUACUCUCUCUAUUAUACACCAGUGUGUGCCUGCAGCAGCCUCCACAGCCACGAUGGGUUUGCUUUUGUUUCCUUGGGCGGGGAGCAGGGACGGGCCGAGGGAGGAGAGCAGGUUUCAGACCCUUAUUUGAGAGCCGUUUGCUUAGGUAGAGAAGACGAGUCCAAAGAGUGUGUGGGCUUUCCUGUUUCUAAACUUUCACUACUAUAAAACCAAAAAAAGGAAAUUGAGAUUUAACCGACCCCAGUGCUGAGAAGAGGGAAGGGGAGUGGCUGGGAGGGUUUGGGGUGGGAAGGUGGAGCGACCAAGCAGUAUUUAGUAGUGUUCUGAGGGGGACAGCGCAAGGGAGGGGACACCUAGAACAGCCCAUAGCUCUCCCCAUGCGCUCCGUUCCCCACGCGGGGAUCCCCACCACUCCCAAGCCUUGUGAGUCCCCUUCCCUCCCUGCUGGGUGAAUCGCAUCCCGUGGUGAUCUCGUGUCUCCUCUCCAAGAACAAGCAGAGCUGGGCCCUGGCCCGUGCCCAAGGCAGGGAAGAAGGGUGUGUGUGUCCAGGAAGGGAAGAAGGUGGAUCAGUGAUUUUACUUGAAAACAAGCUCCAUCCCUUUUCUAUAUUUAUAAGAAGAGAAGAUCCUGAGCGAAGCAGCACGCGACCCAGGUGUGUGUGAAUUGAAUGGAGACGUUUCUUUUCUCUUUUAUUUUUGUUUUUGUUCUUUUUUUCUUUCAAAAAAAGUUUUAUUUUAUUGUUUAUUUUACUUUCUUGGUAACAAAAACUAAAAUAAGGAAUAGAAAAGCUGUUUUCAGGCUGACAGUCCAAUUAAGGGUAGUCGAGACCUUGCAUGGUAGAAUAGGAAUCAUAGUGUCAGUGAGGUCCAGUGAGUCUUUGUGAGUCCUUGUGUCAUCGUUUGGGCACUGUUUUUUUAUGCAAGGGCAAAAAUCUUUGUAUCUGGGGAAAAAAACAACAAAAACUUUUUUUUAAAUUAAAAAGGAAAAUAAACGAUAUUGAGGUCUUCCUAGUGUUACUUAAAAUUAAGAUCAAGGUAAGAAACAUUGUAAAAAAAAUUACAGAAGUGCUAUUUGUUUCCUAAAAACAGUGAUUUCUAUUAAAAAGGUGUCAGAACUGGAGAAAAUGCCGUGUAGUUAUAAUUUUUUAGCACAGAACCUGCUGAUCACGAAGACGUGUUGCUGUGUGUGUCUCUAGACUGGUGGGCUGGCCUCCGUGAAGGUGCCCCACCACUCUCCCUCCUCAGAAAAGACUGUCCUCUCUUCUUGGUGCAGGGAUCUUGUCUCUGUUUUUGAAGCCCAGAUGGAGUGUGGAUGGUAUCGGGGCCCUACCCGUGGUCUCCUCAGAUGUUGCUAGAGCAAAAGGCUGGUGCCUAAAUGAGAUCCUUUCCUUUGGUGCUGCUCUUGGUCUUUCAGCCACCAGCAUUAUGAGUGCCUGGGGGACACCUCUGAGGGAAGUGGCCAGUGGACCUCAGCGGUGCUUUUGCACCCUGGCCUUGGUGGGGAGGGUAUGGGGGUGCAGACUGGCUGCAUCAGCCCUUGGUGCUUCGAAAGAACAAAGGAGGAGUGAGAUGUCUUGAGGGUGCAUCAGAGAGCCCCAGGGUAGCCUUGUUGUCUGUCUUGCCUUGGAAGAGAGGUCUGAAGCUCCAGCUGCUUCUUCUGCCUGCUGGCUCCAGGCUUCUGAGAUGGAAUUUAGUACACUCCACCCACCCACUCCUGGGUGACCCCUGGCUAGAAUUGCUGUGCUUGCCUUGGCUUGGACUGUCAUGGCCUCUCCUUCUGGAGAAAACCAGGAUUCUGAAAGCUCAGACCAUUUCUCUCUUCUUGCCUUGUGGGAAGUAAGUUGUGUCAGAAGUGUACUCUCGCUGGAGACCUUUGCCUAUUGCGUGCCCUAGGGGUUGACAGGAGGGAGGUGGAGGCUCUGCACCCCGGUCCUACCGGAGCGUCUCCCCCAAGUCUGCCCCAGGACCUUGUAAUGGCCAGAGCCUAGGAGUGGCUGAAAAGGGCCAUUAGCUUCUCUUCCACCCAGUUAGGCCCAGAGAGACAGACGGAUCCUGCAAACAAAUGCAGCAGAGAGGAGACGCUUCUUAGAGUAAAAUGUGUCUCGUCCAUAUCAGCCAUUUCCAUGCACCUUCCUGAGGAUGUCAGAAGAGGGAAUUAAGUUUGGCCACACAGACCUCAGUUAGGCCCUGCCUGCUAGACUGGUUGAGGGGGCCAGAGAAGAGUUCCCUGUUCUCAUUCAGAAACCAAGGUGCUAUGUCUCAUCAGGGAGCUUUGGAGAUGCCUGGACUAGUGGAGGAACAGUUGGCGGAGAAGUGGCAGGCUGUAUGCCCUGUCUCAGAGCUCUCCCCUUGGACUUGCCUGGGCCCGCAGGGGUUGCCACACAAUGCCUGUCUGUUCCUGAAAGAAGCUGGGAAGCCAUCACCACUAGAGGCCUUUGGUUGGUAAGGAGCUGCCUGAGGAGUCUCGGGGCGGGGGACAGGGCUAGGAGUUGACCAGUGUUUUGCCUGCUGCUCUGGGCAGUGUCAGCUGCACUCUGACCUCGCCUAAAGUUGGGGCGUGGCUUCUUCCUAACACUCAGCUGGGAGCUGUUCUGUGAGUCGGCUAGCAUGGAGCACAAGAUGCAACCCUGCCCCUAAACCUGCACCCUGGACUCAAAUUCCAAGACACUGCUUUACUGUAAAGAAAAGGUCCAAGUCACUCGAUCUCCUUUUCCUUCACUGUCAUGACAGAAGAGCUCCACUCUGUCCCCCCAGACUGGGUGCCUGUGACCACCUAAGACACACACUCAUGACACCACCACCCCCACAGCUGCCUCCCCUUCCUUCUUUCUUCCCUCUGCUGCUCUUUCCCCAUGGCCCAGAAUUUAGCUGUUCUGACAGCCACUUCUCUGAGACCAGCUGGUCCUGCAGUCACUUCAGAGAGCAGGGAGUGGCUGCACUGGGCCCUGACUGGGAGUCCCCUUGUCAGUCCCUGAUCAGGCCCUGCGCCCUGGAGGCAGUGAGGUCAUGUUGCUCUCAUCCCCACCUCUGCUUCUUGCCAGAAUUGCCACCUGCAGGUCCUUUUUCUUUCAUGGAGCCUGCUGGGUCUUGUCUUACCUCUGCUGAGCUCAUCUGGAGUUCUGAUUUCUUCCUUCCGUAUCUGGCCCUAGGGGUGAGUUAUACCAGACAGGGAGACCCACUCAGGGGCAGUCCCUGUGGGGCCUGUCUCUAGAGUAUGCGACAUGGCCCGGCAGCCUCCAGCCAGCACCCUCCGAGUGCCCGGCUUCCCUGCAGGGCUGCCUCUCUGUCCCAGCUGCUGCCCAGCUCAGGCCCAGCUGGCGCUGCGAAUGGGGGUGGCUGUGCACAGCUCCUCCCGCCACGGGGACCAUGUUUGCAGCUCACUUCCAGCAGAGCCUCCUCAGGCUCUCACCUCCAACCCCCUUCAUUCCCUUCUAGGGCGUGGCCCUCCUUAUUUAUCUAAAGGGCCAAUGUAGGAGAAUUUUACCCCAGGAGCAAAAGGCCCUUAGGGUAGGUAAGAGGAUGGAUGGUAGCCCAGGUACGUUUUCCAGGCCCUGGGUACUUCAGACCCCAUGGCUUCUACUGGGUAGAGGCGACUUUGCUCUGUGUAAAUGACCGUGGACCUCACCCCCACCCCUCAGCCAGGCACCGUUGGCAGGAAGCAGGAGUCCCAUUCUCACCCUGACUUGCAGCCUGUCCUCUUGUCAGCUCCUCUUCAGGAAGGGAGUGGGUGGCUCCUGGGGAGCGCUCUGGCCCUCCCGCUAGAGUGAACUGAGCAAGCAGGGGGCUAUGCAGAGAGCCAGGGAGGAGUUCCUACAAACAGCUCUUGGAAAGGGAAGGCAGGGCUCAGAUUCCACUCGGCACCCCCUCCCAGAGCCCUUCCUCCCGGGGCAGCCUUUGGCCCCUCACCUCUCUGCGCGGUUGGUCCUCAGCCCAGGGCGAGCUGCAGUCAGGCCGGGUGGGACGGGCAGGCCAGAGGUCAGCAAGCUCUGAGCAGAGAAGAGCCAGCCAGACCCCAAUCCUGUCUCUUGUCCAUGCCCUUUGUGAUUUCAGUCUUGGUAGAACUUGUAUUUGGAGUUCUGUGCUUCAAAGUUUUUGUUUUUGUUUGUUUGGUUUUUGUUUUGAGGGGGUGGGGGGGAUACAGAGCAGCUGAUCAAUUUGUAUUUAUUUAUUUUAACAUUUUACUAAAUAAAGCCAAAUAAAGUCUCUC